CUCCUUUUAUCUGCCCUUUUUCCUCCACCUUCCCGAUGCCAACCAUACCGUGGUUUCAGGCGACCUCGCAUGAACAUUUUCACUAUCAACGACCUCCAGCGAUGUCUCCAGGGAACUAUCUGCUGAAGGACCUCGCUAUGAACUCAUUUCAUGUCAGGGAGGCGGAGCGUUUCUGGCAUGACUGUGAGCGCGUCACGGUGGAAUGGUUGGAGCUUGCCGAGCAACUCGACAAGUUCGUACAAAACACUGAGCUGUUACAGACUAGGCAAAAGGUCCUUCAUCCUCAACAGUUACACUUCUUGCUGCCGAUUCAUGUCCUGUCUCGGUAGAGGAUUCCCCACUAGCGGCGUUACCUCGAGCGCGGCGGCGCUGUUGACGUGAAAGACGAGCAUGGAUCUACGCCCUUGGAGCAUGCUUGUCUCUCCAAGAACGACCAUAUCUCCGUACCAUUCCUCG